CCAUCUUGAAGGUUUUUACCAGCGUUUCUGCCUUCACGUUCAUUGCAAAGGAGAUCCGGUCAGGUCCAUCUAUUUCAUUUUAAACGACUCUUCCAGGGGAGAAUGGGCUGAGUUAUGCUCUGCGGUUCGCCUCUGUCUGCUGAAGGAAGCCCCGUCGUCUGCGAGUGCGUGUAGGUGGAUGAUUUCAGCGUGAUUUCUGGAGCGAUGUCUGCCGCAGAAGCAGCGCACAGCCCGGACAGACUCAAUCAGUUUGAGCGGCUGUCUGGAAGGCCUCCGCUAAGAGCCGCAGGCUCUAAGAAGAGAGUUUCCUGGGUACAAGCUCGAAGACUCCUUGGCCAGCCCUGCCCCAGUCUACGGAUCCCUAACAGGUUUUUAAGAGAAGGUCACAGAGCACCUCCAGCCCGGAGUGGCCAUCGCUGUGUGGCUGACAACACCAACCUCUAUGUGUUCGGAGGAUACAACCCAGACUACGACGAAUCAGGUGGCUCGGAGAACGAAGACUACCCACUGUUCAGGGAGCUGUGGAGGUUCCACUUCGCCACAGGGACAUGGCAACAGAUCCGCACCGAGGGUUUUAUGCCUACUGAACUGGCUUCAAUGUCAGCUGUUUUGCACGGAAACAACCUGCUUGUGUUUGGCGGGACCGGAAUCCCGUUUGGGGAAAACAAUGGGAAUGAUGUUCAUGUCUGCAAUGUUAAAUACAAACGUUGGUCCCUCCUCAACUGCAGGGGCAAGAAACCCAAUCGAAUAUAUGGACAGGCGAUGGCCAUAAUAAACGGCUUCCUCUAUGUAUUUGGAGGUACGACGGGCUACAUCUACAGCACAGAUCUCCACAGACUGGAUCUGACGACACGUGAGUGGAUUCAUCUGAAACCCAACAACCCUCCAGAUGACCUGCCUGAGGAGCGAUAUAGGCAUGAGAUAGCCCAUGAUGGACAGAGGAUAUAUAUUCUAGGAGGGGGAACUUCCUGGACUUCUUACCCAUUAGACAAGAUACAUGCAUAUAACCUUGAAACAAAUUCCUGGGAGGAAAUCACAACUAAGCCUCAUGAAAGAAUAGGAUACCCAGCCCCUCGGAGAUGUCAUAGUUGUGUGCAAAUUAAAAAUGAUGUAUUUAUAUGUGGAGGUUACAAUGGUGAAGUAAUACUGGACGACCUGUGGAAAAUCAACCUGCAGACGUUUCAGUGGAAUAAACUACCUGCAGUGAUGCCUGAACCUGCGUACUUCCACUGUGCUGCUGUUACCCCAGCUGGCUGCAUGUACAUCCACGGCGGCGUGGUGAACAUCCAUGAGAAUAAGAGGACUGGUUCCUUGUUUAAGAUCUGGCUGGUAGUGCCCAGUCUGCUGGAGCUGUGCUGGGAGCGUCUACUCAAAGCCUUCCCACACCUGGCCCAACUUACCCCGAUACAGCUGCUAAACUUGGGCCUCACCCAGGAACUCAUUGAACGCUUGAAAUAAAGAGGCGAGGGAGCUGUGAGCGUGAGAGACAGAUCGUGUAUGUACUAUGUGUGUACCGUUUUAUUUCAAUUUUUUAGUUUUCUUUUGUUUUUUGAAGCUGAUCACGGGCAGGACAACGGCGCUUGAAGCCAGUUUGUGGACGAGAAGAACUGAAUCGACUAAGGCACCCCAUCCUAACACAGCCCGCCUUAAAACCAAAAACUGUAGGAUGCCUUUUUUGUUUUUGCGUAUGCACCUUUUAAUGAUUUGAAAAUCAAUACAAAACAUAAAUAUCCAUUAGAAGGCUCUUUUCUCAAACACUACAGGUCAGUGACCUGAAUGAAAGCUGUUUUUUGUUUUCUUGAGAUUGUAUUGUUAUUUAUUGGCCUUCAGUAGUGAUAUUGAGUUGUUUUUACUGAUGUAUCUUAAUUAUAUUUCCUCUCCCGUCAAAGAAUGGAGUUUUAUGAAUCACCACACCACGGCGUGAAUAUUCAAUCAGAAGUGAUGUAAUCGGUGUUCAAUUAGCAAUUAACUGUUUGGAUAUCUGAACAGACUUAUGCAGAACUAUUGAUGCCUGGGAUUGUGAUUUAAGGUUUUACUUCAAUGAAAAUGGUGCAAAACAGUGUUGAAAAGUUGAAUGUUUUAACAAAAUGGGUUUUCAGAGAUUGUUGAUUUUUAGGUUGAAUGCUGUUGCUCAGAUCUGCAGUUUCAUCUGCAUUUAAGGCACAAACACCAGACCAAGUAAUGUUUCAACAAAGCUGUACAGUCAUAGCAGAGCUGUUCCCAUGCUUCACCCAGUUUUGUAAACCAAUCGUUACAUCACUGUGAACAAGGUGCUCCUUAAUUUACUUUUCAUGCUUUUACUGAAAUAAAAUGUUUUUCCAUAAACAAAAUCAACCCUCAUCCAAAUGUUUAAACUGACACAUUGACACAUUUAAUUGAUCUAGUGCCUUUACUGAGCAAGAUGUGAUAAUGUGCUAAAUUAAACAAAGCCUUGCUAAAAGCACUUUAUUAUUUAACUCAAAUUCUAUUCUAGAAAAAGUUUCUAAUACAACAAAGAUGCGCACUUACUAUUUUCAUCAAGCUUUCUAGCACUUGAUGUAUUUACAGUAAAUAAAACUACUUAAAUUUAAAACUAUUUGGUCAGCACAAUGCUAAUGAUAUUUUGGUCCUUGUGUAUAUCUGUACAGAAAAACGGAU